UUGACGAGGUGCCUGGCCGUGAAGCGCAAAGCCCCAAAACUAAAAACUGCGUAUGAGGUUUAAAAACUUCGGAGAAGGAAAUGUUAGAACAAAACACUGUUACACGCCCACCGACUGAAUACCGCUUUGAAUGGGCGGCGAGGGACAGAGAUGAGGAACUGUGGAAUUUGCCAUCAUGACAGAGGGAACCAAAAAGUAGGUUUCAGUGGAAGGAUGGAAGGCCACCAUCAUCUGCACCGCUGUGGGAAUGUGUCUUACAAAAUCUCUGGAAGUUCCUGCUGUAAUGAUAAUAUAACUCUGGGAUUAAGCCAGCUGGUGGCUGACUGCUGUGGUUCUGUAGCUUACAAUCCCCUUAAUGAGAUUUGCUGUAAUGGCAGAAUUCUGACUCGAAGCAGCACUAAUGUGAAAUGCUGUGGCAAAGACAUGUACUUGACAACGACUCAUGUUUGUUGUGGUGGCAACAAUAUAUUACAACGGAAGGAAAAUCAUGCUUGUUGUGGCAAGGAAACGUUUGACGUGACAACCCACUGCUGCUGUGCUAACCCUGAACUAGAAGUAAAGCCUAAAAAUGAAGCUUGCUGUCCAAAAGCAACAGAUGAAGGAAAAUUUCAGCAAGUCUCUCCUCACACUCGACUUGGAUGAGUGUGGAACAGAAACCUACAAUC